GCCUCAGUCUGCUUAGCUCUUGGCUGACGUACAAUGCAUUACUGUGAUUUCUUUUGAAGCCUUCAUGAAGUAGCCAGCUGCAGAAGAACCUGGACCCCUAGAUAAAAAUGGCUUUCCAUGUGGAAGGACUGAUAGCUAUCAUUGUGUUCUACCUUCUAAUAUUGCUGGUUGGAAUAUGGGCUUCCUGGAGAACCAAAAACAGCGGUAGCAAAGAAGAACGCAGUGAAGCCAUAAUAGUUGGUGGCCGAGAUAUUGGUUUGCUGGUGGGUGCAUUUACCAUGACAGCCACCUGGGUUGGAGGAGGCUAUAUCAAUGGGACCGCCGAAGCGGUGUACGUACCAGAUUAUGGCCUAGCUUGGGCUCAGGCACCAAUUGGAUAUUCCCUUAGUCUGAUUUUAGGUGGCCUGUUCUUUGCAAAACCUAUGCGUUCCAAGGGAUACGUGACAAUGCUCGACCCAUUUCAGCAGAUCUAUGGAAAACGCAUGGGUGGGCUCAUAUUUAUCCCUGCCUUGAUGGGAGAAAUGUUCUGGGCGGCAUCGAUCUUCUCCGCCUUAGGAACUACCAUCAGCGUGAUCAUUGACGUGGACGUACAUGCUUCUGUCAUUGUCUCAGCAGUCAUUGCCAUUCUGUACACCCUGGUGGGGGGACUCUACUCAGUGGCCUACACGGAUGUCGUUCAGCUUUUUUGCAUUUUUGUAGGACUGUGGAUCAGUGUGCCAUUUGCACUGUCACAUCCUGCAGUUACUGACAUUGGGUUCACUGCUGUGCAUGCCAAAUACCAGGCACCUUGGCUGGGAACCAUUGAACCAUUUGAAGUCUACACAUGGCUUGAUAGUUUUCUGCUAUUGAUACUGGGUGGAAUCCCGUGGCAAGCCUAUUUCCAGAGGGUUCUGUCUUCAUCCUCAGCCACUUAUGCUCAAGUGCUUUCCUUCCUGGCAGCUUUCGGGUGCCUGGUGAUGGCUCUACCACCCGUACUCAUUGGGGCCAUUGGAGCAUCAACAGAUUGGAACCAGACUGCAUAUAAGCCUCAAGAUCCCAAGACUAAGGGAGAAGCAGACAUGAUUUUACCGAUCGUUCUGCAGUAUCUCUGCCCCAUGUACAUUUCUUUAUUCGGUCUGGGUGCAGUGUCUGCUGCUGUGAUGUCCUCAGCAGAUUCUUCCAUCUUGUCAGCAAGCUCAAUGUUUGCUCGGAACAUCUACCAGCUUUCAUUCAGACAAAAUGCAUCAGACAAGGAAAUUGUUUGGGUCAUGAGAAUCACUGUGUGUGUGUUUGGAGCUUCUGCAAUAGCCAUGGCCUUGUUAACGAAGACCGUGUAUGGGCUCUGGUACCUCAGUUCAGACCUCAUUUACAUCAUCAUCUUCCCACAGCUGCUCUGUGUGCUCUUCAUCAAGGGAACCAACACGUAUGGGGCUGUGGCAGGUUAUGUUUCUGGCCUUUUCCUGAGAAUAACUGGAGGGGAGCCAUAUCUAUACCUGCAGCCCUUGAUCUUUUACCCUGGCUAUUACUCUGAUAAGAAUGGUAUCUAUAAUCAAAGAUUCCCAUUUAAAACGAUUGCCAUGGUUAGUUCAUUCUUAGCCAACAUUUGCAUCUCUUAUCUAGUCAAGUACCUAUUCGAAAGUGGAACCUUGCCACCAAAAUUAGAUGUAUUUGAUGCUGUUGUUGCAAGGCACAGUGAAGAAAACAUGGAUAAGACAAUUCUGGUCAAAAAUGAGAAUAUUAAGUUAGAUGAACUUGCACCUGUGAAGCCUCGACAGAGCAUAACUCUCAGCUCAACUUUCACCAAUAAAGAGGCCCUCCUUGACAUUGAUUCCAGUCCAGAAGGAUCUGGGACUGAAGAUAAUUUGCAAUGACCCCAAACAAAAUACUGCUUUUUCAA